CGGAUGGGCGGUGAUUCCUUCCCGUUCUCUGUUGAAGCGGAUGGUCGGCUGGGAGCCGGUGAACCGAUCGCUGUCUGCGGGACAAAUUGAUCAAGUUCUCAGCGGUCACUGGGUGUGAACACGACCGACAAUUUCCCAUCGAGCAGCAAAAGCGGGUCACACCUGUCCUCAAAAUGGGUCAAGGUGUGAGCAGUGGAGGAGUUCCAGUGACGUCAACAUCGGGAAAGGACACGGAGCAGCAAAAACCUAUCACACCUGUCCUCAAAAUGGGUCAAGGUGCGAGCAGUGGAGGAGUUCCAGUGACGUCAACAUCGGGAAGGGACACGGAGCAGCAAAAACUGAUCGCAACUGUCCCCAAAAUGGGUCAAGGUACGAGCAGUGGAGGAGUUCCAGUGACGUCAACAUCGGGAAAGGACACGGAUCCGAGCUCAGUGAUCACCGAGCUCCUGGAAAGCUGUAACGAUUCCCAGCUGCUGCAGCUGACGGAUUUCUACCGGGACAGGCUGGAGCAGGCGAUGGAAGGAGGGGUGCACGGAGUGAGCCUGGCGUUAACGGCCGAGAAUCAGUUCAGUGGAGAGGAACAUCGGAAAAUCUCUGAUCUCGCUGAUAAGGGAGAGCGGGCGGACAGUUCUAAACUCCUCCUGAGCCUGGUGAUGGAGAAAGGCUCCCGCGCCCGGAGGGUGAUGUGGGAAACCUUUGUCAAAAUGCGGAUUGGUGUCCCAAAGAUUGACAAAAUACUGAAAGAAAUACAGGCACAUGGUUGUGUUCCGGUCCAGCGACCCGUCCCGGAGAUUCCCAGAGAGCUGAAAGAUGUUCAACAGAAACACAAGGAGACUCUGCGGACACAAACGGAAUCACUGAGAGUCAACACGAUCCUGAUGAGGGAGAAGGUGAAGGUUUUCCAGCUGGUUGAUCGAUACGCUGAGCUUACGGUCAUUUCUACCGUUCGAGAUCGGAGACUGGUGGAACAUGAGCUGCUGGCAAGAGGCAGAGACCACGAGGAGUGGAGAGUGAAACAUCUCUGCGGAGAGCUGGAGAAACUCCGGACAGAUCGGUUGUUCCAGAGCAGCUUUUCCCGGAGUAAAUCCAAAUCUGGGAGUUCAGCAGCAGUGGCCGGAGUCCCGGGGAUCGGGAAAACAACAAUGGUACAAAAGAUUGUUUAUGACUGGGCCACGGGGAAAAUAUACCAACAAUUCCAGUUUGUCUUCAGUUUCAAAUUCCGGGAUUUAAACUCCAUUAACUGCAGAAUAAACCUGAGGGAACUGAUUCUGGAUCAAUAUCCUUACUUUGGGAAUAUCCUGAGAGAGGUCUGGAAGAACCCAGAGGGAUUGCUGUUUAUAUUCGAUGGUUUGGAUGAAUUCAAACACAGAAUCGAUUUUGCUGACAGUCGGAGAGACACAGAACCCAAGCACCAGUGCCCAGAUCCCGAGUGGUGGUGUGAAGUGUCUGACAUUGUGUACAGUUUAAUCCAGGGCAAGCUGCUCCCAGGGUGUUCAGUGCUGGUGACGACCCGUCCCACUGUGUUACAUUUAUUGGAAAAGGCGAAGAUCAGUGUCUGGGCUGAAAUCCUGGGAUUUGUUGGUAAGGAACGGAAAGAAUAUUUCAUCAGGUAUUUUGAAGAUCAGACGGUGGCAGCAGCUGUUUUCAAACACGUGGAGGAGAACGAGAUCCUGUACACCAUGAGCUACAACCCCUCCUACUGCUGGAUCCUCGCUCUGGCACUGGGCCCCUUCUUCACACAAAGAGUCAGGGACCCGCAGCGAGUUCCCAAGACCAUCACCCAACUGUACUCCUACUAUAUUUACAACAUCCUGAAAAACCACGGCCGUGAGAUUGAGAAACCCCGUGAGGUGUUACUCAGGGUUGGUCAGAUGGCCUUCAGAGGAGUGUAUGAUAAGAAGAUUGUGUUUACAGAUGGAGAUUUGAUCAACUACAAUCUGCAGCCUUCCCAGUUCCUGUCCGGAUUCCUGAUGGAGCUUUUGGAGAGAGAGGAUUCUGCCCGGAGCGUGGUGUACACAUUCCCACACCUCACCAUUCAAGAGUUUGUAGCUGCAGUCGCACAAUUCCUGAAUCCACAUCCCGGGGAUAUCCUGAAAAUCCUCACUGAGGCCCACAACACAACAGAUGGGCGAUUUGAGGUAUUUCUCCGUUUUGUUGCUGGUCUCUCCAACCCAAUGACGGCUCGGGGCCUAGAGGAGUUUCUGGGUCCAUUUCCUCAUCAAACAACCUGCCGGGUGAUUGACUGGGUGAAGGAGGAGGUUAAACGUCAGAGUGGAAACGCGAGGAGUGAAUCUGGUAAAAGGAGCCUCCUGAACACAUUGCACUACCUGUUUGAGUCUCAGAAUCGUGGACUGGCUCAGGCCGCACUGGGAUCUGUGGAAACACUUUCAUUCCGUGAAAUGACACUGACCCCGAUUGACUGCGCGGUCCUGUCUCAUGUCAUCGGACUCUGUGAUACAAUAAAACGUCUCGACCUGGAGAGCUGCCACAUUCAGUGUGAAGGAAUCCAGCGGCUGGGACCCGGGCUGCACAAGUGCCGGGAGUUGAGACUGAGUUAUAAUAAACUGGGAGAUUCAGGAGUGAAACUGGUGUCUGCGGCUCUGAGGAACCCGGAGUGUAAAAUACAGAAACUGGGGCUGUUCAAUGUCGGUCUCACAGAUUCUGGUGCCGAGGAUCUCGUCUCCGCUCUCAGUACAAACCCAUCACUGACGGAGCUGGACCUGGGAUACAACUCGCUGACAGACCGAUCUGUCCCCGAUCUCCGCCGCCUCAUACUGACCCUCCCGAGUCUGGAGUGGAUCGGGCUGGUGGGGAAUCGGUUCAGUGAGACCGGGAAGAAGGAACUGAGAUCUCUGCAGGAACCCAGACCCGGACUGACAGUGAUCCUGUGACCAUCUGAAUGUGUGAACAUCCCCGCCCGCGGGAUGGGGACAUUUUUGCCGAUUCCCCGCCCUCCCCUUUAACUCCCCCCCCCCCCCACCUUCCCCUUACCUUUAAUGGCCACGCGCCAGGUUUAAUUCUCAACGGUUUUUAACGGAAUUGCCUCCAGCCUCGCGCUGUGUCUCCCGUGGUGACGUAUUUCCACCUGCUGUCCAGCGGCGCAGCUUCCGCCGGAUGUGUGGGUUCGAGACCCCGGGGAAUGACACAGACGGGAAGAGCCCGAUGAUGGCGGGGUUUAGUCUGGGACACCGGUGUCCCGGGGUGGGAUUAUCCCGGGAGAGAAUCCUUUUGCUCCCUUUGCUGAGGACGGUGCAUUCGGCAGUCUGACCGAUAUAAUGAUGUUAAAUAGACAAAUACCUCGGCAGUGACCCUGGAUCUGCAGCGAUCUUGGACACGGCCCUGAAGUGUGAUUUUAUAAUCAUCGGUUCCCCGAUGCAGAGUGACGGUGAGAAACGGGACUGAUUAUUCAACCGGUCACCCGUUGUCGCCGGUCAGUUAAUUGUGUGUGACUGUGGGUGAGUCGGGAGCAGUUUAUUUAUUCCCGCACGUCAGCAGCUCACACAUUUAACUCCAUGCUCCGUCAGACCAUCCCUCUGCACAUGUAUCCUCCUUAUCACUCGUUCCGCCUCACCUUUCUCUACUUCACAUUUAAUAUUCCGGAACCGUGUAGUCGCCACCUGUCCUUUAUACUUCAUCUCGCUAUCCUCUCUCACAUUCUGGACCCUGCCCCCUGCAAAUUUAGUUUGAACCCCCCCUCCCACCCAAGCAGCACUAGCAAACUUUCCUGCAAGAAUGUUAGUACCCCUCCAGUUCAGGUGUAAACCGUCCCGUCGGAACAGAUCCCACCUUCCCUGGAACAAACCCCAAUUAUCUAAAACCUGAAGGCCUACCUCCUGCACUAUCUUCUCAGCCACUAUUGAUCUGUAAAAUCCUCCUGUUCCUUGCCUCACUCACACGUGCCCCACCUCCCCCUCGUACCCCAUCCCUUAUUUAUUAUUUAUUAUCAUUAUUAUUUUUCCCCGUUUUGUCUCUUUUUCCUGCCUCUGUCCCUCUCACUAUAGUGGGUUCACCUCCCGCUUUCUUUCUCCCUAGGCCUCCUGACCCAUGACCCUCCCCCUUCUCCAUCUCUGUAUACCUUUUGCCAAUCACCUGUCCAGCUCUUGGCCCCAUCCCUCCCCCUCCUGUCGUCUCCUGUCAUUUCAGAUCUCUCCACCCCCUCCUACUUUCAAAUCUCUGACUAUCUCUUCUUUCAGUUAGUCCUGAUGAAGGAUCUCAGCCCAAAACGUCGACUGUACCUCUUCCUAGAGAUGCUGCCUGGCCCGCUGCGUUCACCAGCAUUUUUGUGUGUGUUCCUUGGUUAAUGUGGCCGCCAGGGAUGGAGUGAGACACUGACUUACAAUGGUCACUGUCGCUCACAGAAUCUAUGGCGAAGGAACAUGCGGUGCCCGUGGAUACAAUCCCGGGAUCGAGUGUGUUAUUGAUUGUAAUAACAGUAUUUUAAUUUGUGUUUUAUAUAGUCUUGGGUAUUACAUGUAUGUUUUAAUUCUAAUAAUGUUGUCAUUGAAUAAACUAAUGUAUAUAUCUCAGAUAUUCACACAUACACAUAUACAUGUGGGUUUUGGGGAGGAGGGGUGAGGGGUUUGGGAGGAAGAGGAGUGACGGGACGAGGAGUGGACUGAUGAGACGGUGACCGUGGCGAAGUUAAUAGGGGACGAAAAGGGGAGGCGAGAGUUCCUGUCACAAACUGGUGGUGACGUGGAUCAGAUAGAGUCGGGGUGA